GUCACACCUUGCCGAACGCUUUGGUUAGUUGCCUUGUCCGUCUAAAUUGUUUCAAACACACACCCUCAUACGCGAUUAAACCAAAGAUGAAACACUUGUCAUCCUUUUGGGACAGGACACUGAUAUCGAAGCAAUCCUUGCUAUGUUGAAAGACAAUUUCAGUCCCCACAUAGAUUCACGGAAAUUAGUACGUUCUGAUAUUUCAUGUUCAGUGACUUUGAAAAGUUUGGAGGAUAAGCUAUCGAAAAGCAAACAAUCAGAGAUUGUCAGCAGAAGACUCAAGGCGUUGAUAAAGCGUCGUGAAUUCCUCAUCACUCCCGCUGCGGUAGCUACAUUAUGCGAUCUCUGCAAAAUUAGUUGGAGUACUCUUCUUAUUCCUGUGAUCAACGCUGACGCUUUUCUGAACAUGGCCGAAUUUCUUGAAACGACCAUGAAAAGCGGUAUUCUUGCCACAUUGAUUGACCUGCUUGAGUUCGAUAAGCAAGGUUUGAGCGGUGGACCACGUGGCUUAAUGCAACUCGCUAACUUUGAAAAACUGAUAUUCGUCUCAGAUGAACUUCGCCAAAAAAUCAUCGAGAGAGGAGGCCUGGUUAGCAUCGUCGGUAAGCUGGCGAAACUAGAUCACGCGUUAUUCGCUGCGGAUGCGCUCCUGAAUCUCAUGCAACAUGACGACGCCAAGGAACAGAUACUAGAUUCCAAGGUGGAUCUACAUUUGCUGCAGAUGAUCGAGAAACGCAUCUUUGACGGAACGAUCGGGAGGGAGGGCAUGGAUAUCCUUAAGGAUAUAUUCGAAAAUGACGACUUGCGAGGUAUCAUGUUAGUCCCAAAGAAUGAAGCGUCACCCUUUGAUGCUUUUUGGAAUCUCGGUGGCAAGGAUACACCCCAAUGGCGAUUCCGGAACGCGGCAAACUGCGCCCUGGAGAAAACGGCCUACAGAGUAGUCACGAAACAAGAUUUUUCCAAGUACCGAAGAAAUGUCAUUUGGAUUUUGCGCAAGAUGAUCGAAAACGAGUCAACCUCUGUUCAGAACAGCGCUAUCAAUUACCUGCGUACUAUCGUUGAGCAUGAGGACGCAUAUCAACAAAUGAUUGAAGCCGAGAUAGUGAAACCCCUUUUAUCGUGUCUUGAAGCCACGGGUGUGGGACAAUCUGGCUCUCAGAUAACCUAUUGCGAUGCUAACAUGCUCAUACACUCCUCAGAGUCCUUACGUAAUGAGAUUGUAAAGAAUGUCGAUAUACUGGCUACAAUGCUCAGUAGUCAAUAUCCUGUCGAGGUUAACCGCGUGACUGCUACGCUCAUAGCUUUAUCUUCUCACGGAGAGAUACGAGAGAAAGUUCAGGAGACAGUAGGGAUGCUCAAUUCUAAAAUGUCGUCGUCAAUGUCGACUUGACCUUACGGCUGUCCUCUCGUAAAUACUUACGUGGACCCUGAACCUUUCCUGAUUUAGUCGUCAAACCUUGCGUCUACUGCACUCUACAUCUUGUCACUAUCCUUCCUUGCAAUUGCUGUUAGAGCCCAAUUUAACUACUCAAAGCUUCUCAUGUUUAUUGCGAAAUCUACUUUUCACAGAGUAUCCUCGUCCUAAUCCUAUUCCCAGUAAACCAUUCUAUGUAGUAUUGCUCAAUAAUGUUUAAA